AUUUAUUGCAUAGUUUGCUUGAAAGGCACCCUCUACAAUUAUGGACAGUCCCAAGGCACCCUCUACAAUUAUCGACAGUUCCGAGGCGCCCUCUACAAUUAUGGACAGUCCCGAGGCAGCCUCUACAAUUAUGGACAGUCCCGAGGCACUCUCUACAAUUAUGGACAGUCCCAAGGCACCCUAUACAAUUAUGGACAGUUCUGAGACACCCUCUACAAUUAUGGACAGUUCCGAGGCACCCUCUACAAUUAUGGACAGUUCCGAGGCACCCUCUACAAUUAUGGACAGUUCCGAGGCACCCUCUACAAUUAUGGACAGUUCCGAGGCACCCUCUACAAUUAUGGACAGUUCCGAGGCACCCUCUACAAUUAUGGACAGUUUUGAGGCACCCUCUACAAUUAUGGACAGUCCCGAGGCACCCUCUACAAUUAUGGACAGUCCCGAGGCACCCUCUACAAUUAUAGACAGUCCCGAGGCACCCUCUACAAUUAUAGACAGUCCCGAGGCACCCUCUACAAUUAUGGACAGUCUCGAGGCACCCUCUACAAUUAUGGACAGUCCCGAGGCACCCUCUACAAUUAUAGACAGU